GUACCACACACACUCAGAUGGCCAUACUAUCUAUAAUGGCUGAUGUCAAACAAAAAGGUUCAAUAAGCUAUAAAACUAAAAAGAAUGUCUUGAAAAUAUUACAAAAGAAAUAAUAAGAUAGUGUUUCAAUCACUUUCAAUCACAAUCAUUAAAAGCUGGGGUCCUCUACUAUUGCAUAAGGGCGCAGCAUAGCCGUUGAAAAACAUAUGCCAAAAGCUUCCGUUAUUUAUUUUGGUCUCUUGGCUUUCAUGUCUAUUGGUUCUUAAAAACAGCAGGGAUAAGCUGUUAAACUGCUGUUGUCUUUUGCCGGGCUCCGGUGAUUGCCAAAUCUGGGUGAUGCCUUCUGAUAUGAUUUAGCAUGUUUGGCUUGUGUUAGCAUUAGCAUACCACACCGCUGUCGAACAACGCCGGCACACCGUCCUCAUCCGAUCCACCACACACACUCCAUCGUUAUUGUAGUCCACAGGGAACCCGAAAUGUUCCUGAUUUUAAAAGAAGCAGGUGGGUCAGGUCUUCUAGCUCCUGUGUGUUAUCUGAACUCGCAAUACUAACUUUUCUUCUUCUUGUAUUUUGUUCAUUUUGUUGUGCUGCCUCAGCCGUUUUGCCCUUAGGCCUGCUGUCGCUGCACCCCAUGUAGAUGUGGCUGAACAGCCUUCACUUGGACGCCAAGUGGCACAGGCACAGGAGAGUCAGGGUGUCUCAGCGGUGCCUCCACUCUGUCCCGCUGGAGGGACAGGGCCUAUCUUCUGAUGGGCAUGUCCAUGGGCGCCAUCCCAUCCCGCCGGAGACUGUCACUGUGGAUGCAUGUCUCUCAGGGUGGGGUGUGGCAGGGCAGGACUGCUCAGGGUCAGUGGUCUGCCCAGGAAGGUGCACGCCAUAUCAACGUGCUAGAGCUUCGGGCUGUGCUGCUUGCACUCAUGCACUUUUUAUCCCUACUGGCUGUCAAGUAUUUGCUUGUUCGCUCGGACAACAUGUCCGCUGUGGCACAAAUCAACCACCAGGGGGGCACCAGGUCCGCACAGCUGCUCCGGGUUUCACAGAGCCUCUUGUCUUGGGCGUUCCCCUGCCUGGCCAGUCUGCGGGCAGUCUUUCUACCAGGAGACCAGAAUCAGGUCGCAGAUUUCCUCUCUCGGCACAAGCCUUCACCGGGUUAGUGGAGGCUUCAUCCAGAGGUGGUGGAGACAAUUUGGAGCCUUUUCGGCAGGGCCCAGAUGGACCUCUUUGCCUCGGAAGAGUCGAGGCACUGCCCCCUCUGGUUCUCCUGGGCAGAGGUGACCAGCCCGAUGGGUCAGGACGCUCUGGCGCACGACUGGCCAGACAGUCUCCUGUAUGCCUUCCCGCCACUGCCUCUGAUACUACAGACGCUUCAGAGGGGGGGCACAGGCUCCUUCUGGUCACCCCCCGCUGGCCGGGGAGAGUUUGGUUUCCACUGCUGCGCAGUCUCUGCUGCAGCCCACCAUGGCGUCUCCCAGACCGGAAGGACCGUCUGUCACAGCUCAGGGGUCAGAUCUGGCAUCCCGACCCUCGCCGCCUUCAGCUGCGGGGCCCAACCCGCUGUUGAGCAUUUUCACGGCAUCUGUCAGGGAAACUAUCCUGAAUGCCAGAGCACCAUCCACUCGAGCACAGUAUGAAUGCAAAUGGAAGCUCUUCUCCCACUGGUGUUUGGGUAAGGCUGAGAAUCCGGGGCAUUGCUCUGUUGCCACCAUUCUAGAGUUCCUGCAGUCCCUUCUGGAUAGUGGACGUUCUCACUCCACUUUGAAGGUAAAUGGUAAAUGGACUGUACUUAUAUAGCGCUUUAUCCAGUCUUUAAGAC